AUGUCUCUGCGCGCCACCUGGUACGAGAUACGCGAUGGCCGCAGGCACGUCGUGCCGUACACGCAUGAGUUUGUCUCCAACACAAAGGGGCGGUGGGUCGGCCGGAAGGAGGCGGUAGCGGCGGGCCGGCUCACCCUCAAUGGCGGUCCGUGUGGAGCGGAGACCGUCUUCCGGCACGGAGACCGGCUGGUGCAUGAGGUGGUGCGGACGGAGCCGUCGGUGCCCGCUGCGCCGAUCGGGCUGCUGCUCGAGGCUGACGACCUCCUUGUGUCUGGCGUGCUGCUGCUUCCCCGCACGGCGGCGGCGGCGAGCAGGCUCGGCGCGGCGCUCGAGGGCGGCGGCAUGCGCAAGCAGUACCUCGCUCGCGUGGCUGGCUCGGUGCCGAUCCGCGUGGCGAGCGCGCACGGCGGCACGACCUGCGGCCUCCACGCGAGCGGAAAGCCCGCGGAGACGGUGCUGGUGGGGGUCGAGUACGACGCCGCCUCCCACACCUCGCUGGCGGAGGGGGAGGACGCGAUGUGGCUGCACGCCUGGUCGUACAGCUGUGCGAGCGAGGGCCGCCCCUUCUCCGUCACCGCCCCUCCGCCGGCGUGGGCGGCUCCUUUUGGCGCGCUGCCGCCGCCGGCGGCGCUGAGCGAGGCCGCAGUGCUGCUCUCGUCGGAGGAGGGGCGGCGGCUGCUGCUCGAGUGCGCGCCCGCCGACCGGGCCGCCUUCGACCUGCUCUGGCCCCACUUCCGCUGCCAGGCCGGCCCGACGAUGUGCGGAGCCGCCUCGGUCGCGAUGCUGCUGCGGGCGGCGGCGAGCCACGCCGCGCACAGCUCGCUGCGGGCUGCCGCGGCCGCGGUGCAAGCCGCCGCCGCCUCUGGCGAGGGCGGGGAGGGCGAGUGCGGGGAGGGCGGAGUUGUUUGGUAUUGGUAUUGGGUAUUGCUAAAAAUAAUUUCGCUCUUUCUUUGCGCCCGCGUCGCAGACGCGGUUACCAUUGACAAAUCUGCAAUAUACCCCCACACGAACAAAUAG